AGUUAGGUUAAAAUUCAACCAAUCUUCUUAUCCCAUUGUUAAAAAGAAGGGAAAAGCAAAGAUUCUUAAAUGAAAAGAUUAAUAUUUGACUGGUUCGAUGACGAUAGCAAAGAUUCUUAUGGUUUUCACAGAAUGUUUUUGUGGUCAGGGUCCAAGAGAAACAUUUUGUGAGGCAUAAUCUCUCACUACUAAGCCAAAUCCCCUCUUAAUUAGUAUUAGAUUGCACUCUAAUAUUUGUCCUCUCAUUGGAGGAAUAUAAUUAAGGCUAAAAGCUGAGCAUCAUGAAAUAUAUGUAUAAAUUGUUUUAUAUUCACUACUAGGACCUGCACGGGUCUGUGUCCUUCUCAACAGAUGCUCCACACGAGCCAAUAUGUAAUAGAGAUCACUCAGAUGACUGCAUUCCCAAAUUUGUUAUAAGAGCCAUGAGAACAAGAAUGGCAAGAAUCCAUAGUGAGAUGGUGUUUCUCUUUAUGACUAUGCAUGACUUCGACUAUAUUGAAAAGACAUAUCACUAGACCAGUAAACGCAUAGAGAACCUAUCAAUCAUAUAAAAGUUUUUUUUCAAUCAAAAUAGAUGGAAAUCAAGAAAGCAUCCAACAUAAUCUAACAAUCUCAUGUGUUUUAAAUAAGCAUCGGAUACUACAAGCUAAUGAUGAUAAGAUCUCUAGAUCACAUCAAAAGCCUUAAAGAGGUAAGAGAAGGUCUCAAUACAUGGUUACUGCAUGCCAGUUUUUACCAUAAGGAUCAUAGCAAGUAACAAAGGAAGGAAGCCUCUAAUUUUUUUUAAUUCCAAUUGGGCAAGGAAUCUCAAGUUCCAUUGGAUUGUUUCACAAUUGUGCACCUCCCCUAAGACUUUAUGUGGUUGAUAAAACAAAUAGUCACUCUUAAAGUAUAUAUUCGUCCAACUGGCUUAACCCCACAACAUGCGUUUUUCUUCCUACAUAUAAGGAGCUUCUCAGUCUCUCAAGUAACCAAAUCAACUCCUUUCUUCAACUCAUACAUACAUCUAUCUUCCUUCUUUAACCCUACAAAGAAAUCAGAUUCCCAUUUUCAAAACCCCCUUUUUCAAUCCUGUACUAUCAAUAUUCAUACAUAUUCUCUGAAUGGCUUCCAACUCCAUGAGUUCUAACGCGUCUUGGACACGUAAGGAGAACAAACUAUUUGAAAGGGCUUUGGCUAUAUAUGACCAGGACACUCCUGACCGUUGGCAUAACGUUGCUAGAGCAGUUGGUGGGAAAUCAGCUGAAGAAGUAAGGCGACACUACGAGCUACUCAUUAGGGAUGUCAAUGACAUCGAGUCAGGGCGUUAUCCACAGCCUACUUACCGUUCGAAUGGAAACUGAAAGCAUUUAAGCUACUCAAAAAGGUUCCUCUGAAACCAACAUGGUUACAAACCAGAAACAAACAGAGAGCAUCUAAACAAAUUAAGAGAUAUCACUGUAUUUACUUCUAUUUGUGUGAUUGUGAUAUAUAUACGACUAUGUAAGAAUCAUCUAUAAAUCAAUCAAUGUGAGUUUCAUAUGAUCAAA